CAACAUAGUUACAUAUUUUAGGCAGGAACUCAUUCCGCACAGAGCACACCGAUCGUAGGAUGUUGCACAGCAGCUACAAUCGGGCACCGCGCCGCAAACUCAUUCCGAAUUUGUUUAGCAACAUUCUACAGGUGAUCGCCGAUGCCGACCAUCCGCUCACCGAACCCGAGAUCAUGGAGGCGGUCGCCGAUCGGUUGGAUCGCAGCGACGAGGAGCUAAAGCGCCAGAUCACAGUAAGCCUCCACGACGCCCUGAUCUACGGCUAUCUGCGCGUGAAGAACUAUCGUUACUCGAUUGUGCCCAGUCGCCUAGACCCGGACGAACAUCGUGACCAUAACGAGCCCAGUUCCUCCAUUACCGCCGCACCGGAACAUAACCGGCUGCAGGAGAGGAUCUCGAGUGGAACCAGUGCUGCCAUGGAUGACAACCAGGGACGCGAUGAAGAACUCACACCAAAAAGCACCCAACCACUAAAGAGGGUAAAUGCUGAGCCGCAAGGGCAAACUAAUUAAUGGAGGAAAAUUUCAAAUGUAAACCUUUAAUAAAUUGAACUAAAUUUAAUAAAACCAACUUAAGGGAA